GAGUUAACCGACUUACCGACGGAUUCCGAACCGGACCCAUUUUUACAUCGAUCUUCCCGAGAAGGCACGCACAGAGACAGAAAGCUAUGGCGUCUUCGAGAACUCAAUCACCGCCUUAUCCAAGUGCUUCUAGGAUCGCUGAUUCUCAAUGUUACCCUCAAUACACUGCUUCUCUCAAAUGUUUAGAAGAAUCUAACUCGGACAAGAGUAAAUGUCAAGAACAGUUUGACAUUUACAAGGAAUGCAAGAAAAAAGAGAAUCAUUGUUUCAAAUUCCCCAAGUCUAAAGCUUUCCAUAAACUCUGGUAUCAUGGUAACCUAACUGUCUCAUGA